GCACUAUAACUUUCUUUUUUAGUUCACCGGUAAAACCACUGAAGAAGAAAAAUACUGGAGCGCCCAGACGAUGCUGAGCAUGAAAGCGCAGGUGGAUGUGGUCUGCUGUAAAUCAGUAGGAACUGAUCUGUCCAUGCUGGAUAUUGAGGAUUUCAUCACAGAAAUCUGUCAGCUGAAGAAAGAGGUGGCUUCACUGGAGGCAAAGCUGAGAGAAAGAGGAGACCAACUGAACAGAGAGGAAGUGGAGCAGGUUUCAGUGCGUGCGGCUGAUGGGACAGAAGCUCAGGAUUCAGUCUGGAGCGUCAGAGAUCAGAGAUCCAGAGACACACAGGACUCAGAUCUCAGCCUCACUUUACUCUGUUAUACUGACGCUCAGGAUCAUGAAUCCACUGAUCAAACCUCUGACUGUAACGCUGGAGAACAGCAGAUGCUGCAGACGCCGCUGAAGAUGUGCUCCGUCAAACUGCUGGACUGCAGGAACCUGAUGGAGAGCCGAGGAGAAGAAACCACCGCAGAGAAAGAACAACAACACAGUGAUGAGGAAGAGGAGGAGGAUGAUGACGAUGAUGAUGAGAAUAAUGGGGAUGAUGAAGAUCAGAAUGAUAAUGUUGACGAUGGUGACUUUGUUCCUUCAGAUGACAGCACUAGUUCAUUUUCUGAUGGAGAAACUGGAUCUACAUCUAAAGAGCAAAGGACAGUGACCAACUGUGGAAAAACACUGAGCAAACAGGGUCAUUUAACGAGAACUCAGAGAAAACACACAAAACAGAAUAACUUCACCUGCAAGAUAUGCAACAUCAGCUUUCCGACCUUCAAAGAGAAAACACUUCAUUCAAAAGAGCACAGUAUGAAGAAGGAGUCUCGCUGCGAACAGUGCGGGAAGGAUUUUUUCAACACUCCUUACAAUAUGAAAGCUCAUAUAAAGACACACGAAGAAAAGUCUCUUCAGUGCAACGAAUGCAACAAGUAUUUCCGCAACAAACGCGAUCUUUCUGUUCAUAAGAGGAUCCACACGGGUGAAAAACCAUACAAGUGCCCUCAAUGCGAGAAGAGCUUCAACCAGGGAUCUAAUCUGAAGACACAUUUACUCAGGCACAGCAAUGAGAGACCGCAUCAGUGCAGUGAAUGUGGAAAACAUUUUAUAAGCUCAGCUUCUCUAAAGUUCCAUCAAAAAAUGCCCUCUGAUGACAACCCAUAUCAGGGUUCACACUGUGAGAAACGUUUCCAUUAUUCGACUCACCGAAAAACCCAUGAGAGGAUUCACACCGGAGAAAAACCGUACCUGUGCUCCGACUGCGGGAAGAGCUUCGCUAGUUCAUUUGCUUUCAAAGUUCAUCAGAGAAUUCACACAGGAGAAAGACCGUAUCCCUGUAGUGAUUGUGGGAAGAGGUUUUAUAAGCUAAGUGACUUAAAAGUGCACCGGAGGACUCAUACAAGAGAAAAACCUUUUAAAUGCUCACUUUGUGACAAGACUUUCGCUGUAUCAACUUCCCUGAAGAUCCAUGAACGAAUGCAUACAGGAGAGAAACCUUACUGCUGCUCCAUCUGCGGCGAGAGAUUCGCUUUUAAAUGGGGUUUUAAGACACAUAAGAAGAAACACGCUGCCCCAGAAUCGUCAUAGAUUCAUCAUGUAAUUAUUUUUAGGUUGUCAAAAACACAGUAUUACAGAAAUGUUUUAUGGUUGUAAAAAGUAAAAAAGUUGUCUCUAGGACAGGGAUGUCCAAACCUGCUCCUUGAGGGCCUCUGUCCUGCAGAGUUGAGCUCCAACCAUAAAUAAACACACCUGAAGCAGCUAAUCAAGAGCUGUGUUUAAAAAACUGUCUGAAAUCACCUGCCCCAUUUCAAAUGACAUCGAAAACCACACUGGAUUUUGAGUAUGCUCAAUCAAUCCCACAAUGCGCCGCAAUAAUGAGUGUACAAAUAAUAUACACCAACAGCUAGCGAAUACCCAUAAUGCACACCUGUCACGUGCUCCGGGUGAACCUGCUCUCAUCUGUGAAAAGCACAGGGCGCCAGUGGCGGACAUGCCUAUUCUGGUGUUCAAUGGCAACAGCCAAUCGAGCUCCACGGUGCCAGACAGUGAACAUAGGGCCACUAGAGGACGUUGGGCCCUCAGGCCACCCUCAUGAAGUCUGUUUCUGAUUGUUUGGUCCGAGACGUUCACACCAGGGGCCUGCUGGAGGUCAUUUUGUAGGGCUCUGGCAGUGCUCAUCAUGUUCCUCCUUGCACACAAAGGAGCAGAUACCGGUCCUGCUGAUGGGUUAAGGCUCUGUCCUGCUCUCCUAGAGUAACUGCCUUAGACACAGCAAACCUUCUGGCGAAGGCACAUAUUGAUGUGCCAUCCUGGAGGAGUUGGACUGCCUGUGCAACCUCUGUAGGGUCCAGCUAUCGCCUCAUGCUUCCAGUAGUGACACUGGCCCUAGCCAAAUGCAAAACUAGUGACAAACAGUCAAAAAAGAUGAGUAGGGAAAAAAUGUCAGUGGCCUCCACCUGUGUUACAUCCUGCUUCCUAGUCUAGAGGUAUUGUGGAGGCGUAACAAGAAGUCUUAAACGCCUUAGGGCGUAACACCCCCACCACUAAGAUUACAGACCAGAGUUCACUGAAGUUUCUGUCCCACCAUUCUAAUUACACAUCACUUAAGCAGUCCCAUCCACAGAUCUUGAUAAGGCAUCCGCGACAAUAUUGUUGGUGCCUCCCUACCCUAUCCACGCAGUCCUCCAUACGUGGAAGUGGAAAAGAAUCAGGCUUUGUGACCGCGUUCACUUUGCAAAAGUCUACAAAAACGGUAAGUUCCAUAUGCCUUGGGAACUAAUAGGCAGGGUGAACUCCACGGACUCUGGCUGUGUUGAGCUAAACCAUGCUGUAGCAUAUAUUCAACUUCAGUCUUCAUUAUGUGUCCCUUCACUGGGUUAACACUCCUCUGUAGGAGUGUUGUUUAAUCGGCUUGGCCGAACCCACGUCAAUGUUGUGUUCAAGGAUUGUGGUUCUCCCUGGAACAUUGGAGAACAGGGAUGGGAACUGAUACAUCAACUGCGUGAUCUGGUCAACCUGCUCAGGUUCGAGGUGAGAAAGAAAAGAGGUGAGGUCUUUUAACACAGCAGAGUUCUGUAAUUUUACACAAUCUUGCUUAGUGGCUUGCAUCACUACCGCUGCUGGUAAUGGUAAAGUUGCAGGGGUGCAUGGGGAAACAGGCUUAGAGUCUUGCACAAACUUCUUUAGCAUGUUGACAUGACAUACUC